AUGGAUCCGGCUUCAUUUGCCUUUUCCGUCGCCUCCAUGGUGCAGUUAUGCAUUCAUCUCGGAAAGGACUUGUACGCACGCUGCGAAGCAUACCGUGCCGCCGAGCGGGAAUUGCAAGAAGUCAACUUGAGAAUCCGGGGUCAUUGGAUCAAAAUUGAGCAACAAUUGUCCGCACUUCAUGCCGUAUGGGAGGCCCUCCCGCAUGCUUUGCAGAUCCAUCAAUUCCAGGUGCUCCAAGUCCUCCGAAGCAAGCUCAAGGCCGCAGUAAAGAGUAUUCAGAGUCUGAGUGUUGACCUAGGAGCUGAGAGCUCACUUGCUAAGCCCAUAGACUCUUCCCUCGCUCGCAUUCUGCUGAAAGUGUCCCGCACCAAACGGAUCAAAUACGCCAUCUAUGCUAAGGAAUCCCUCGAACACAUCGUUGAAGAGUUGGAGCAGUGGCAGGGGACAUUCGACCCAUCCUGGUUCUUCUUAAGUCGUCUGGCCGUCCAGACAAUCGAUCAAGAGCUCAGUGGGAAGAGGGCCGCGGAGAGCAAGGCCGUGUCGACAGUAGUGAAUCUGCGUGAAGCCCAUCGAAUCCACGACGGGGAGAGCUCCGCUUCAAUUUUCUUGGGGAAAGAUUUCGCCAUCGGACGUUACACGGCGAUCACUUCGUCUUCUUCAUGGAUCGCUCGCACCGAUGAAGGUGUGGUAGUUGUCGACCGCAUCCCGAUCAGGCGACAGAACGACCUUCGUCACCGCACCAAGGACGUUCGAGAUCUAGCACGCAUUCUUUCCACAGUCGAUCCGGACACAUUUGGCCUUCUGUCGUGUCGUGGCGUACUCAGGACGGAAAAGACUUUCGAUCUCAUUUUUCCUAUCCCCGGAAGUCAGCAGCAAGAGCCUAUUGCUAGUCUUCGCUAUAUUCUGUCGAGACGUGCUGAGCGCAGCUUUACUCUGAACGAGCGAGUGAGAUUGGCGAAUUCUCUGGCGCGAUCGGUCGUGUUUCUACACUCAUCUUCAUUUGUCCACAAAAGCAUUACACCGGAGAAUAUCAUUCUGUGCAGACUGUCAAAGGACAGUCUGGAUAUUCCUUUUCUGGUUGGCUUCAAUCAAUUCCGCCUGGCGGAAGGACCGACCUCUUUGAGUGGCGACAAAGCUUGGGAGAGGAACCUUUACCGUCAUCCACGACGCCAGGGAAUAUACCCCGAAGAUGAAUAUAUCAUGCAGCAUGACGUGUACAGCCUUGGGGUCUGUUUGUUGGAAAUUGGACUCUGGACUUCCUUCGUCGAUUACUCGGGAGACUACGGCCAGCCUGUUCCAGGAUCAUCACUAUCGAUCGGGGAGCUUAUUGUUGAAAGAGACCAAAGACGAGCGUCCUACCAGAUCAAGAAACUGCUUGUCGACCUGGCCAGAACUAAUUUGCCAUCUUUGAUGGGAAACAUCUUCACCGAAGUUGUCGUGUCAUGUCUGACAUGUCUCGAUAAGGACAACGAGUUGUUCGGAGAUGAAGAAGAAUUCCUGGACGAUGAUGGAAUUCUCGUCGGUGUUCGCUAUAUAGAGAAGAUUCUGUUUGCGCUCCAAGGGAUUGCGGUAUGAGGCCUGCGAUACCAGUGUCCUUGCGAGCCGACUAUUUUGGAUAGCGUAGAAGCGUAAAAGUGGGCUGGAUCUUAGCUCUCUUAUAUCCCACCUGGCUGACCUUCUUGUGGAAUGAAGGCUGUCACGUCUGAAGAGGCCCAGGCUGCGGUCGUAGAGCUAGAUAAUAUGGUCGAUGGCUCAUAUAUAAACCGCUGAAUCUGUGCGAUGGCGGCGCGAUGCCAUGAUAGGAAACGGUGGAGACUGUGCCGAGGACUGCGACACCGGUGUCUGCGCGUCCAUGCCCGCUGGGUGAGGUGCACUGUUGUAACAUCUGGGCUAGACGAUGCUGCAAGCUCCGCCUUCCACGUAAAGGUUCGGCCUCGUCGAGACUUUCGAAGAGAGCCAAGGGGAGAUGCCGGUAAACUCGAGUGACAAUCACCUUAUGAUGUAUAAUGCCAGGGGGC